ACAAGAUGGCGGUUUAGUUUGGAUAGUUUUUUUUAAAGACCUUUUAAAAUAGGUGCCUUGCGCUCUUCAUUUUCUUGAUUGCUUUCAUCGCGAUCAAAUUGAAAAGAAAUAAUAUACAAUGGACAAUCUUUAUCAAGAGACCAAUCGGCUCAUCGUAGGAGUUCAGGGUUUGCUCAGCAAACUGAGUUCUGCACAUCCUGAUUCGCUGAACGCUCUUGAACAAGAAAUAGAACAAAACUUGGAGCAAGCAUCUGCUAAUUGUGACCGUCUGGCGAUCCUUAUAAACAAGGAACCACCUCAGAAGAAACAGAGUGCCAGAAUAAAAGUCGACCAAUUGACAUAUGAUUUAAGACACCUAAAGACAGGCUUUAACAACUACCAGCAUCGCAAAAUGCUCAGGGAACAGGAGGAAAGAGAAAGAGAAGAGCUUUUAAACAGAAGGUUUACUACAAAUAAUAGUGGGGAGACAUCGAUUAUGAUAGACCAUGCUCUGCAGCACAACACAUCUCUUCAAAAUGCUGACCGAGGAAUCAGUGAUUUACUAAGCAGUGGCUCCAGUAUUUUGACAAGUUUACGAGAUCAACGUGUCACUUUAAAAGGAGCGCAAAAGAGAAUAUUGGAUAUUGCCAGCACUCUUGGACUUUCCAACACUGUUAUGAGAUUAAUUGACAAGAGAGCCACACAGGACAAGUGGAUUGUUUUUGGAGGAAUGAUAGUCACCUGUAUAAUAAUGUUCUUUGUGGUGAAAUACUUGACAUGAUAGCUACCAAUAUGAUACAUUUUGAAAGACUACUUUUAGUAUAAACUUUGCCGAAAAUCUCCUAUACUCCAAAAUGAUCGAGAUCUUAGGCAUGAAGACUAAACAUUCAAAGGUGAAAUAGGAAAAGGCCAAAGGAACUAAGAUGCUGAAAAAUCGCUCAAGUCUUGCCUUAGAACGUGAGAAAGAACGUUGGUUUAUUAAAGAUACUUCAAGAACUUUAUUUUCUUUUUCUUCUUUUUUUUUUGUAUUCAACUCCUGUUUCUUCAAAAGUAAAUGGGAAAUGAGAUUAAACAAAGUUAUUAGUUAGAAAUACUGGAUCAAUGUCAGUACCUGAAAAACUGCAAACCUACCCCUCCCCUAACUCAACAACAGUCAACUGAUAAUAAACUAGGGUUAACGUCACACUCAUAGGGAAGGGGUGGGUGCAAAUUCUGUUGGCUAUCGAGGGGGAAAUGAAGAACAGCAAGAGUGGAUUUUAAAUUUUCUUUUUGUCUUUUAACUCGUUCAUGGGCUGCUUUCGUUUUUGAAUGUUUUUACGCUGUAAGAUUGUCUUUAGCCUAAGUACGGUAAUAAAACUCAAACACAGCUAGCA